AUGGUUGGAGUUGGGAAAUCAGCAAUUCUGCAAAAUCUGAACAAUAAUGAACAAAUUGCUAAAAUGUUUGACAUAGUAAUUUUUGUGGCUUUAACAGAUGAAGGCAAUGAAGAAGAGUUACAGCAUGCAAAAAUAAAGCUAAAAUGUGCAAAACAAAAGUUGCAAUGUGAAAUUGCACAAAGGCUGAAGUUGAAUGUGGAAGGCCUUACUGACACUAAGAGAAUUGCCUCAAGAAUUUUUGAGGAGCUGGAGUGUAAGAGGUAUUUGCUUCUUUUGGAUGGUGUAUGGGAAUCUUUUAAUUUAGAUGACAUAGGCAUCUAUGAAAAUGAGAAGGAUAGCAAGGUGGUUCUAGCAUCUAGAUACCGUGAUGUUUGUAUGGGUAUGUGUGCUGAUGAUAUAGUCAGGGUUGAAUCACUCUCAGAAGUUGAUGCUCGGAAACUCUUUCUAGAAAAAUUAGGCCGACAUAUAAAUCUCUCAGAUUUUGAUCCAGUAAUCCCGCUUGUCAUUAGGGAAUGUGCCAAUUUGCCACUUGUGAUAGACAUAGUAGCAAAAACCUUCAGAAAGAAAGAUAGAAUUUCUCUAUGGUGGGCUGGAUUGAAGAGAUUGCAGAAGUGGCCUAAUAUUAAUGAUCAAGCCAUGGAUGAAGUACUUGAUCGAUUGAGAUUUUGCUAUGAAGAAUUAGGCAAGGAAGAUAAAAAGGUUUGCUUUCUCUAUGUUGCAUUAUUUACUGAAGGUUGCAAUGUCUAUAUGGAUUAUUUGCUGGAAUGCUGGAGAGCUGAAGGUUUCAUUCGUGAUGCGGAUGAGUUCACUGCACGCGACAGAGGACAAGAAAUAUUGAAUGAUCUCAUCAAUGUAUCUUUGCUAGAGAGCUCUGAGAUGAAACACAUAAAGAUGAAUAAAGUUCUUCGUAAUAUGGCCCUUAAGAUCUCAUCAGAGAAAGAGGAUUCCAAAUGUUUGGUGAAAACCCAUGAAGAGAUACAACAGCCCCUAGAGGAGGAAGAAUGGAAACAGGCGAAGCGAAUCUCUUUGAUGGAUAACAAAUUGUGUAGUUUGCCAGAAAGACCAGCUUGCAAUAACCUCUCAACACUGUUGCUACAGAGAAAUGGUGAUUUGACAAUGAUCCUGAGCAAUUCUUUGGAUCUAUGCAAAAUCUUGAGUUCUAGACUUGCAUGGAACCAAGAUUACAACAUUACCAUUGUCUCUAUCUUGCUUGCAAAGCCUCAGAGCACUCUAUUUAAAUUGUUGCAAUCAAUUAAUAAAGCUCCCAUCAAGAAUAGACACUUUGCAGCAUCUUGA